AUGUACUAUCCCUCCAACCGCGAGUUUUCUAAUGGUUGUUACCUGCUUCUACCUUUUAGUAUCGGCGAAUAUGGAUGGGCAUGUACAAGUGACAAUCAGCAGAUGGGCGUGGCCCCGUGGGAUGAUGUACCGGAAUCGAAAGGCACGCAUGAUGAUCUUUACCAGCCUAGAUAUAAUGGCUUCAUGGGUCUGCGGGAUGUACAGCUACACAAGGUACUACGAAAUUGGGCAUCAAACAUCGAAGAUGGUCACUGGGAGGUGGGUAAAGAUGGCGUAAUUGGUGGAAUCGAAAGGUUCGAGGAAGCAGAUACUGAGGAAUACUGGGAGAAGUACUGGGUGCCACCGAGUUGGUAA